CUGAGGACUCUUGAACUACGUUAGUGCGCCAUCGCGCUUUGAACAGUCAGUACGUGUAGACGCGCUCGUCCGGAUUCCGCGUUAUUUGUGCCGUUUAGUCACUUUUGAUUAUCCAAAAACGCGUGGUUGCAACAUAAAGCUGUCUGAAGUUUGAAGGAUACUGGAAGCAUCCGUCAGGCCGAGCGUGUGUUUGGUUAUCAUUCACUUCUCUUUUGUUUGGAGCGUGAUUCCAUUGAACUUGCUCUAUUGUUGUUGGACGAGAAGCUCAACUUGGCGUUGAGGCUCCUGGGAUCCAGUACUACGGAGAAAACAGUGGUCAAUUUGCAGAUGUUGAAAGCUGGACACUAUACUUUAAGGAUAAAAAUGGCCAUGUGUCCUGGAUACUUGGAAGAAUUUUCAUCCUGACCACUAUCCUGGAUCUACACCGUCCUAGGAAAGCGUGACUAAUCUCUUGGCAAAGAAAGACUUUGGUGAUUUAAUUUUUCUGUGGACCGUAUUUUGAGAAGUCAUCAUGCCUAUUCUGAAGCAGCUUGUGUCCUCGUCCUCCCAGUCAAAGCGGCGUUCUCGUGCUGACCUGACUGCGGAGAUGAUCAGCGCACCUCUGGGAGACUUCCGUCACACUAUGCACGUGGGUCGAGGAGGCGACGCGUUCGGAGACACCUCCUUUCUUAGCAGUCGCUCAGGAGAGCCUCCAAAGGAGCCCGAAGUACAGCAGAGCUCACCUAAACAGAGCCUUCUUUCCCGUACAUUCCGAAGCAGUAAGCGCUCCCAAUCUGCCAAUCGUGACAAGCUUGACAAAUCCAAACUGGCGCCCCCUGGUGGCUCACCAAGUUAUGUAAAAAACGCAAUCUCGCUGCCAUAUUUGAAUGACGAGGACGCAGGACGUGGUACUGGAGUCCACCUUCCCAAGAGCGUGUCUUCAAGUCCUUUAAAGAAACUUCCAGAAGACGAAAUAAAGCCAGUUAAUGGAGCCACGGCGCAUGCUGUAUCAGACAUAGAGCUGGAUGAGAAGAGUUUCGGAGAGCUGACUGAUUUGCGUCCAUCGGUUCCUUUCACCGGAGGCAUGAAACAUGCAGAAUCCAUCAUGUCCUUCAACAUUGAUCUGGGUCCAUCCAUGCUGGGCGACAUCUUGAGCGUGAUGGAGAAGAAGGGCUUCGACGAUGACGAUCUGGGAUUUGAAGAAGGCAAGAGUAGCGAGGGACGUAGCUCGCCACCCCAGAGCCCUCCUAACGAAGUGGAAGAAGAGGACCCUCUUCCUCCCAUCCGGCCCCCACGCCAAAGACCAGGCACCAACCCCUACACCCCAGAGCUCCAAACCAGGAACCAUCAACACCUAGACAGCUGUUCACUCUCCAGCUCAGGGUCCACCGUGCUGGAUGAAAAAUCCAACAAUCAGAUGUAUGAAGUGAACAUGAACAACAUCAAGUACAGCUCACCUCGAGUUCAAGACGAUGACGACUUCUCCUACAUGGAUGAUGACGAUGACGACGAGAUUAGGGUGUAAAGUGCCAGAACAGUCUUUGCAAAGACUAAAAGAAGUGGUGGAGGUGGGUUGUGGUCGAUUGGUAAUUGGGAAAACUUGCACGCUGACUCUGAGGACUGAUAAUGGAGAAGAAAGGGAAAACGUACGUUUUAGCCCUUGAUAAUGCUUUUUCACUACAUUUUUCUAGUUCAGGUAUACGGUUACUAGUGACUUUCACCAGAGCAGCCACAUCUGUGAGAGGAAUGUGCUUGCGUGUUUGUAUAUGCCGGAGCGAGGGAAUUCCAUUUCAAAUGGUAAUUAUAGUCUCGUGAGUAUCAUUAAUGAAUUCCAGUGUUGACCGCUUGGAAUGCUGAUGCAGAAGGUUUGUGUGGAACCAAGCCUCACAUUCUCCCAUGAUCGACGCAGAACUCUUGCUUAUGCCUUUAAUCUCUGAAAAACGCUCACGCCAACAGUCUUAAGUUUCCUAUGUUUAAUAGCUUUUGAUUCCGUCUUUAAGUUAUAUCCUAAAUUUUGCCUUGUAUACAAAACUUUAAUGAGUGGAGUACCAUAAAUGUGUUUUGGAGGUUCAACAGAACACUUUAUUAUCUGGCAUAUGUGACCUUUUUCCCAUCGGGAGUUGUUUGUGUUGUAGCUCUGGACUUCGUCGAGAGCUCUGUGUGUGUUUAAGGGGAUUUCCUGUCGGGUCACAUGAAAUUCUCAAUCAUGGGAUGCAGAAAUUGAAAGCAGUGGUGACGUCACAUUACUUCUAGGCAGUAGAAUCGGUCCAAGUGGAAACAAUUAUGACUUCAGUUUUGUGUGUGUGAAUGAGGAUUGAUGUCAAGAGGGCUGAGGAGUGUGUUAUUUGAUUAUCAUUGUAUAGGCUCAGAGAUGAAGAGCGUAGCUCUCUUAUUCAGGGUCUAGUGUAGUGCCUUGAACUUCAAACUGUGCUCAGCAGCAGAAGUGGCUCUGGAGGGUUUUCAUCUCUGAAUGACUCUUAUAGUUCUUUGUGUUUCUGUUUUUAGGUUUGAGGAGAGAUCAACACCCCAUGAUGAGAUUGUAACUUGUGUAGCCACUCUGUGAGUUAGUGCCAUACCUUGUGCAUCAGUUAAAUGUACUUUCUUAAAAUUCUUUAACAUCUACAAAUGAGAGAACACUAUUUUAUGUUCAGAGUUACGUAAAGCUUUCACAAAUGUAGCUUAAAAAUGAAAUGUGUAAUUUCUGCACAAUCAGCCGCACUAAAAUGGAAAAAAAAGGUGGUUGAAGGUGGUGCUACUCAUUUGUUUGACCAGUGGUAAUGUUUAAAACACUGCAGUUUUGAAAUUCUGUUUAGUGCCACAGAAGUAACGUACUUCACUUUUAGGUCUCUAUUAUGAGACUUUCACAAACUAUGCUAACAGUUAGCAAAUUUGCAAACACUGGCAAGACACUAUGGUCUCUGGUUUACCACAGAAAACAUAAACAUAAAAUAGUUACCAUCUAUUAAUUCUCUGGUAGCCAAGCAAGUAUUAAUUGUUCAUUGUGCACUUUGGGAAAUAUAUAUAUAUAUAUAUAUAUAUAUAUAUAUAUAUAUAUAUAUAUA